UCUGAAGCCGACCUCUGAACGCAGAGAUAUAUUUCGGUUUUCAAAAAGCAUGAACACUCUUUGUAACUCGCAUCGGCCGUCGUUGAUCAUUUAACCUGCAUCUGUAUCAAGCCCCAAAGCAUGAGCUUAGACGGGUCUCUGCUUCUCUGCCGCUACGAUGGAUGGCAUGAAAUAGGCCCGCAUUACAUCGACGAGGCUGCUUACAACUGCGAUGUUUUCUCUCAAUGCGACUGUCCGUUCAUCAAGGCGGAUCCAGAUAUCGCAGGCAUCGGUGUUGUGGCAGCUUUCAUAGUAUCGAUUGUGUUCACAACGCUAGCGACCUGGACCUGCCUGCUUUUGGCACCUGUCGCCGACGACACCUUCAACCCCAUUGACAAUUUCUUCCGGAAAUUCAUUUGUUUCAGAGUACAGUCCUGGACGGGAAAAGAGCGAGCCGACAGCUAUUUAGCAUGUUCUCGAGAUUUAGUUUCGUCUUUGAGCGACCAGCAGCUGGUCACAGGCAUAGCGAUCCUCGCUGCGGGCCUGAAGAAGCUCAGCGACGGCACCAUCACGAUAUAUCACUUCAGUAUUGUCCAGGAUCUGGCCUGGCUCAGUUCCAACACGCAUCGCCUAGCGCUUGUUAUCUUCGAAAGGUUUCAGGACAGUGUCGAGCCGCGGACGCGAGAAAAACAAAAGAAACUAGCGUCGCCAUGGCCGACACGCAUCCCUAUCCUAGUCCGGUACAUACUAAACGUGACAACGGAUAUCCUCCUUCUCUACUGCUGUUGGGUGGAGGGAUACGAAUAUUGGUAUGUCGACUGGAAUUGUCCCGCUAGUUGCACUUUGUCAUAUCCUAAGGGGGGCGAGCCCCUGAAUUGGAUGAUUGUCAACUUUUUUUUCAUACUAUACACGUAUCCUAUCGAUUUCUUUAAGUUAUCGAAAAGGGCGCGAAUGAUGGAAAGUAGGCUGCGGCAGCGACUCCUACUCGACCAAAACAAAUCUGGUUCACCUUCUCAAUCUCUCUCCGGACCAUAUCGGUUUUCACGAACCUGCAGCGGCUUUCGCCAGACUAUAUCUCGACUUUCUGUCAAAGUCUUAAGGUCCAUGUGGAUUUUUUUCGCUUCGGAAACCUUUGCGGUACUUUUCCAGCUCGUCUGGACAGUUGUGGGGUGUUGGGAGUGUUUAGCUGAUAGGAUCAGUGGGCAGGAUUUGAUGCUAGAUGAAGAGAUAGCAACCGAGGACAAGAUAGCCGAUUCUUACAAAGGUGAGCGCACGAUCUAACCGAUAUGCAGUCGAAUUGAGAAUCUCUAAUGUUGACGGAAAUAGCUCAUUACGAACUUCGGCAAUGAAACAAAUAACUCAAGGACAGAGUGGAAGCAGACCUUCAAACCCAACAUAGUUAGAGAAAGCUCAUGAUUGUUGUAACAGGAAUAUUCGAAAAGAAAAAAAAGCGACAAGUGGCGUCGGAAAGGACAGAACGAAAGAAAGUUGUGCGUGCCCUAGGCACACCACCUGUGUGCUAGGUGCAGCUGUUGUACCGUACCAGCUUUUGGGCCCCACCGCCUGUCUCUUACGUUUUCGGCUACAACGGCCAGUUAGCAGGGGUCCGAACCCUGUGCCCCGAAUCCUCUGGUGUAUUAGUGACUGUCAGAUCUCCAGGAACGAAUCCUCUGAUGUAUAGUUCAAUCCACCGCAACAUCAUCAAGGCGGGCAAUUGAUAAUGGGUCCUGUGCCGUUUGAUAGGCCUAUCCUCGAAUGUAUCCCGG